CCGAGGAUGAAGAAGCAAAACGUGCGGACCCUGUCGCUCAUCCUCUGCAUGUUUUCCUACUUGCUGGUCGGCGCCGCGGUGUUUGACGCGCUGGAGUCCGAGUCGGAGAGCUCCCGUAGGCGCAUCUUGGAGCAGAAGCGCAGCGAGAUGAAGAAGAAGUACCGCUUCUCCGAGGACGACUACCGCGAAAUCGAGCGAGUGGUGCUGCAAGCUGAGCCUCACCGCGCCGGGAGACAGUGGAAAUUUGCUGGAUCUUUUUACUUUGCCAUAACAGUCAUCACCACCAUUGGUUAUGGACAUGCUGCACCAGGCACAGAUGCAGGAAAGGUCUUCUGCAUGUUCUACGCUGUACUGGGAAUCCCUCUCACUUUGGUCAUGUUCCAGAGCCUGGGAGAGAGGAUGAACACAUUUGUCCGCUAUCUCCUACACAAAGUGAAGCAGUGCCUGGGCUGUCGGCGCACUGAGGUGUCCAUGGAGAACAUGGUCCUGGUGGGCUUCCUGUCCUGCAUUGGUACACUGUGUGUUGGAGCUGCAGCCUUCUCCCACUUUGAGGGAUGGAGCUUCUUCCACGCGUACUACUACUGCUUCAUCACGCUCACCACUAUUGGUUUCGGGGACUUUGUGGCCCUGCAGAAAAAGGAGGACCUCCAGGAGAAGACGCCCUACGUUGCGUUCAGCUUCAUGUACAUCCUGGUGGGGCUGACUGUCAUCGGGGCUUUCCUGAACUUGGUGGUGCUUCGUUUCCUCACUAUGAACACUGAGGAUGAGCGGAGGGAUGCUCAAGAGAGGGCGUCGCUGAAGAGGGACAGAGGCCUUCUGGGUGUCCAUGUUGUAGGGGACCAGAGCAGAGGCAGCCUCAGGGAGAGGAACAGGAGCAACGUGGUGCACAGCCGUAGCCACAGUACGCUUUUCCUCCCGAUGGAGGAAGGAACCAGCCGCACAAACCUCAUCGCUUCCCCAGCGGAAGAUCAGGAGAGACCGCGAAGCCCCUGCAGACACAGGAUGCAUUUUCAGAUCAAGGCUGGCAGACGCAGGCCGGAGUCGAGCCUCAGCUCCCUCUGCUCCUGUGUGUGCUACCGUUUGGGGAUUUGUGAUAGUCCUCUUAUGUCACACAGUGAACACCACGGCUGCCAUAUCAACUCUAUUUACUAUAACUCAGUCUCCUAUAGGAUCCAGGGCUGCUCGCCAGGGUCCAGGGACAACACCGGACUCUCCUCCCCAGGAAGCACACUGUCACCCGGGCACAGCCUCCGGGAGUUGCCUCGUUUGAGGAGGAAGUCGGUGUAA